GGUUCCAGCGCGCGCCCGGGGCGGCGGCGCGCGGCGGGGGGUGGUUGGGGUGCGCGCCGGCCCGAGUGGACGCCGUCGCGACCGCCAUGCAGCUGACGGUGAAGGCGCUGCAGGGCCGCGAGUGCAGCCUGCAGGUGCCAGAGGACGAGCUGGUGUCCACGCUGAAGCAGCUGGUCUCCGAGAAGCUGAACGUCCCAGUGCGCCAGCAGCGGCUGCUGUUCAAGGGCAAGGCCCUGGCAGAUGGGAAACGACUCUCGGAUUAUAGCAUCGGGCCCAACUCCAAGCUCAACCUAGUGGUCAAACCCCUGGAGAAGGUGCUACUAGAAGAAGGCGAGGCCCAGAGGCUGGCCGACUCCCCACCCCCGCAGGUCUGGCAGCUGAUCUCCAAAGUCUUGGCCCGCCACUUCAGUGCGGCAGAUGCCAGCAGGGUCCUGGAACAGCUACAGAGGGAUUACGAGAGGUCCCUGAGUCGCCUGACGCUGGACGACAUCGAACGGUUGGCCAGCCGCUUCCUGCACCCUGAAGUGACUGAGACAAUGGAGAAGGGCUUCUCCAAAUAGAAUUCUCGGAGCAUGGGGAGGUGCCCAACGCCAGGCUACCGCUGCAUGUCGCACUAAGUGUGUUCUCCUGUUGCGGUUGGGCUCAUCAUCAUCGUAGCUGGCAUGUACCUGGCUCUGGCCAGGUGCUAGGCACUCCUCACAGCUUGACCUGGGUUUGCUUCCACACCCUCAGAAGAGGAGAGCCGGCACAGCAGAGGCACCGGCGAUGAAGUGGCACAGCCCCAGUCGGAAUCCAGCGGCUUCUGAAAGUGCCUUGGUGUGAGAAGGAGGAAGGGGCCGCUUGGAGAGCUGGGCUCUCGCGUGUCAUGUUUAGCCCACUGAGAAUAUACCCUCAGGUGACUCCCUCCCGAUCCUGAAAGGGAAAGCAGCUGUCACCUGACUUCUGGCGGGUCCAACAUAGCCCUCAGCUUACCUCUGCAGGAGGCCAAGUGACAGCCAGCCCUGGAACCCCCCGACCCC